AUGAAAGCGUUUGGUUGUUUGUGGAAUGGCGAAACAUGGGCAACAAGCGGUGGUAAGGAGAAGAUUGAUUGGUCUUUUGCUCCAUUUAAAGCCAAUGUCCAAGGGUUUUCCAUUGCGGGUUGUCAAGCGGAUGGGAACAUUAAUCCGAAAGUUUGUGCUUCAGCAACAUACUCGUGGAACAACAAGAAGUAUAGUAGUUUAAGUGCAAAUGAUCAGAAGGCACUCAAUAAUGUGAGAGCAAAGUAUAUGAACUACGAUUAUUGUUCUGAUCGGAAAAAAUACCCUGUUCCCGCAAUUGAAUGUGGAUGGAAUCAAUGA